CAGGAGGACAGCAGCCUUCGAUUCAGAGGAGGAUCGGAGGAAGCUCGAAUUCAAGUGUUGAGCAGUUGAUGCACCGAAGUGGCUAUGCCCCCUCUUCACUCCACCCGCAACCGCAAGGCACAGCGCUAUAUAUAAAUGCUCUGGAGCUGCACCAUUCUUUCACAAGCCAACCAGCAUCAAGAGCUAGCCUCAUCUCUCCUCUCUUCCGGCCAUAGGUAGGUAGGUAGCUAUAGCCUAUAGGCAGGCGGCAGAGAGCAAGGCAAGUAAGGUGCAUGAGCGGCGAGAAGCAGGGGAAGAGGUCGUCGAUGUCCGGGGCGGCAGCUGAGUCGUCGUCGCCGGCGAGCUCGUGCGUGUCGUCGGACGCGGAGGACGAGCUGGUGGUGGUGCAGGCGGCCAAGCCGAUGGUGGUGGUGGGUUGCCCGCAGUGCCUCAUGUACGUGAUGCUGUCCGGGGAGGAGGCGCAGCCCAAGUGCCCGCGGUGCAAGAGCCCCGUGCUGCUGCACUUCCUCCGCGCCGACGCCGACGACGCCAGCAACAACAACAAGACCAAGCUGCCGGCGGCCGCCACCAGGCGCUAGAGCCACAGCCCACAGCUUCUUCUGUCUGUCCCGGCCUCUAAUUUAUAUUAUAUAUUAACCCGUGGUGUGUUCAAUUUAAUUUGCUGCGCUCUGUAGUUUCUUCCUCCUCCUCCUCCUCCUCCAUGUUAAUUUGUUUCUUCAUUCGUAUGUUAAUCUAUCAGCAGUUCUAUUCUCUCUGCACUAUUAGUACUACCGUA